AUGUCGCCACGAGCUCUACACGGCGCGGCGGCCGCUCGCCGCACCUAUCGAGCGCUGUCGACGACCACCACUCGCGCCACUUCUCGCACCUCGACCCCGGCGGCCGCCCCACCUCCCGACUCUCGCCCCGACUCUUCCGCCGACAAGGGCCGACAGCGCUCGGCCGCAGCCUUCAUCGCGGCGCAGGCCGCCGAGGAGGAGGCUGCCGCCGCCCUCGCCGGCAAGCCCAAGGAGCGCAUCGUCCCCGACCCGGACGCCUGGACUGGCGACGAGCCGCGAGAGCGCAUGCUCAAGCGCAUCCUCGAGGACCAGUACAAACCUCUUCGCAUCAAGGGCUACCAGAAGCCGAUCCCGAAGCCCGCACCUCUACCCGCUCAAGCCUUCGACACCUCGUCGUCGCCCUCGACCGCCGCCGACGCCGCCGACGCGCCGUCAGCCUCGUCCAACGGCAGCACGCUCCGCUCGACGACGGUCAACCCGUGGGACAUCAGCUUCAAGCCGCCCGACCACUACCAGCCCCUGCCCGGCUACCGCACGUCGGGUCCGCCACUCGGCGGACCCAGCAUCUCGGCCAAGAAGGCGCUCCUCGCGACGGCCCGCAAGGACGCCACCCUGUCGUCGCGCCCGUCGGCCCUCAAGCAGGAGCGCCUCGCGAGCGCAUACGAGCGCACGCUCGACUAUCGCGGCGGCGUGCGGCCCGGGCGUGGCGGCAGGGCCGGCGGCGACGGCGGGCCGGUCGGUGCGCGAGGUGUCGAGGUGCCCGUGCACGAGUACGGCGAGGUCGGCGGCGAGGGCGAGUCGGGCAACAUGCGUGUCUUCGAGGGCUUCAUCGAGGAGAAGAUCAAGCAGGCGCGGCGAGACGGCGUCUUCAACAACGUCAAAGGUCGCGGCAAGCCCAUGCCCAAGGACGCCGCCGAGAGCAACCCGUUCAUCUCGCGCACCGAGUUCCUGAUGAACCGCAUCCUCAAGGAGCAGGAGGCGGCGCCGCCCUGGAUCGAGAUGCAGAAGGAGCUCGAGGGCGCCCUUGACCAGUUCCGCCGCGACCUGAGCGACACGUGGACCCGCCGCGCCGUCCGCAUCCGCGCGAGCGAGGGCCUGACGCGCGCCGUCGUGCGCGAGAUUCUCGACGGCUGGACCGACCCGCACUGGGAGGCCAAGGAGCGAGGGUACCACGAGGCGUCGGUGCGCGCCCUCAACGAGACGAUCCGCAAGUACAACGUCAUCGCGCCGUACCAUGUUCGCCGACCACUCCUCACCCUCCGCGCCGAGCUCGACGCCGCCAUCUCGUCGUGCGCGCCCAAAAUCGCCGGCGAGCUCCAGCGGCGACUCGACGCCGGCCUCGGGUCGGCCUCGUCCGGCGGCAUCGUCCUGUCGGACCCGGGCGACAUCAACCCGCUCACGGCCGACAUGAUGGGCGGCGAGCAGGCCGAGGACAAGAAGGACACGCCGUGGAAGGCGUUUAAACGUGCCGUCGUCGAGGUGCUCGGGCGCGGGCCGGACUCGUCCCCAGUCCCGGCGGCGCCGCAGGGCAGGCGGGAGUAGAGGAGGAGAUACAGUAGAGGUCGGCGUGCAAGUUAGACUGACCGCAUUCGCGUCGC